AGAUGGACUCCAGGAAAGGUGUACCACUGGGUGCUUGCUUUCGGUGCAUUCGCGUACGCCCUGGGAGGUUCGCUACCAACGAAGAGAGUUACUUUCUACUGAGCCAUAUGCGGAGUUCCUUCAACGACAGCCCCUUUGGUCUUAAGCAAAGGCAGGACAAUCAGAAUUGGGAAUGGCGGACAACAAAGCACGUCAUGGAAAAUGCGUGGAUGUGGUACCUGCUACACCCCGUGCUGGCCCGGGUGACAGCCCACGUGGCACCAUCGCUGGUGUUCGUCUUUUACUCUGUCUACUCGUCCCUGUUUGUGACAUUCACCUUCGGUUGGGAAGUGACGCUGCUGUUCUUGGCGCAACACGCGGCCCUUCUACGUCACGGCCUCGCUGGGCAGCACAGCACUGUGCUACGUGGUCGCCACCAUGAUCCACUGCCAAAAGUUCUUUAUCCCGUUCGAUGCAUUUGCGGUGAGUGA